AAAAAGUUUGGGAUAGUCGGAGGCCGCGAGGCCCUUGCAGCGCACGCAAGGCCAAUUACAACUACGCAGCUGGAUCGAACGCUGUGUUCCCAACACAGGUGUUGCCCACCAUGACGGCCUCUAAGAAGAACCUAAAAGCGACGAAGAAGUUCGAGAAGAAGCACCUCAAGGGCGUCUUGGAACGGAGGAAGGCGGCGGCCAAGAUCAAGCAGCGGCAAAGGCUCAAGGAAAAGAAGAAGGCCAAGCGCGCCCAAGAUGAAGAAUUCUACAAAGGCCCUGGCGCCGAUGCCAGUGACGACAAGCGAGCCGCCAGGAAGAAUAAGGUCGGGGCGAAAGCGAGCGAGAUGAGCGUCGACGACUUCUUCAAGGGCGGCUUUGAAAUUCUCGGUACUGAAGCCAGCUCGAAGUCAAAGGAGAAGCGACAGUCUGCGGCGAAAUUAGGGAAGCGCAAAAGGGGCGAAGCAGAUGCUCGUGCGGACAGCCCAGAAGGGAGCGGCAGCGAAUCCGAGAUUUCGGACAAUGAGGAGGUCGCGGUCAGCGACAGCGAAUCAGACGGCGGCGAAGGCAGCGAUGAUGAGGACCUGGGCAUGUCGAAGAGCGCCAUGGACGCGCUCGCCGAGAAGGAUCCCGAGUUCUACAAGUUUCUGAAAGAGAACGACCCGGAAGCGCUGGACUUUGACGAGAACGCGGACCUUGCCGAGAUCGACGAACUCAGCGGCAGCGAUGGCGAGAGUGAACAACCAAAGAAGAAGCAGAAGAAAGAGCAAAAGGCAACCAAGGCGCAAGCGAAGGACGACAGAGAGCUCACCCAGGCCAUGGUCGCCAGAUGGAAGGCUGCAAUGGCCGAGACGCACUCGCUCAGAGCUGCUCGGCAGGUGGCCAUUGCCUUCCGCUGCGCCGCCCACCUGAACGAGAGUGACGAGGAGCACCCGCAGCGAUACAACAUCACGAGCCCGGAGGUGUUCCACGACAUCGUUGUCGCCGCAUUGAAGGGGAUUCCGGAGGUCUUGCAGCAUCAUGUUCCGGUCAAGGAAUCUGCCGCUGGGAGAGCCUAUGUCCAGACUGAAGGGAAGAAAUUCAAGACCCUGUCAAUGCUCAUCAAGAGCUUCACCACCUCCGUCAUUCGACUGCUCAGCACGCUGUCAGAUGAUGCGACGCUCAAGCUCACGCUUUCGGCUCUCCAACCGCUCGUGCCUUACCUGCUUUCGUUCCGAAAAAUCUUGAAGAUGCUGAUCAAGACCGUCGUCGCGUUCUGGUCCCAGUCCGCGAGCACUGAGUCUACCAGGAUCACAGCGUUUUUGGUGAUUCGGCGUCUCAUGGUAAUCGGUGACAAGGCUGUGAGGGAAGUCGUUCUCAAAGCGGCAUAUCAAGGCCUUGUCCAGGGCAGCCGUCUCACCAACGCCAACACAAUCCAGGGCAUCAACCUCAUGAAGAACUCGGCUGCCGAGUUGUGGGGUCUGGACCAGAACCUAGGCUACACGACAGCUUUCACCUCGAUCCGGCAACUAGCCAUCCACCUCCGCAACAGCAUCGUUCACAACAAGAACGACUCGUACCGCGCUGUGUACAACUGGCAAUACGUCCACUCCCUCGACUUCUGGUCGUGCGUCCUCUCGGAGCACUGUAGCCCCCUCAAAGAAGCCGAAGCGGGCAAAGAGAGCCCUCUCAAGCCUCUCAUCUACCCGCUCGUCCAAGUAACCCUCGGCGCGAUGCGCCUCAUCCCCACAGCUCUCUACUUCCCGCUGCGCUUCCAGCUGAUCCGCUCCCUCCUACGCCUCUCUCGCGCCACCGACACCUACAUCCCGCUUGUCUCGGCCCUCCUUGAGGUCCUGAACUCGGCCGAGAUGAGAAAGCCGCCCAAACCUUCGACUCUCAAGGCCCUUGACUUCUCGACAGCCUACAAGGCGCCCAAGUCGUACCUGCGCACACGCGUGUACCAGGAUGGCGUCGGCGAGCAGGUCGUCGAGCUCUUCGCCGAGUUCUUCGUGCUCUGGUGCCGGAGCAUCGCCUUCCCGGAGUUUUCCCUGCCCGCCGUCGUCAGCCUGAAGCGCUGGCUGAAGGAGAGCCGCAAGCCCGGCAAGGGCAACAAGAACGGCAAGCUGGCGUCGAGCCUGGGGCUGCUGGUGCAGAAGCUGGAGGCGAACGCCAGGUUUAUCGAGGAGAAGCGAGCCAAGGUCGAUUUUGCGCCCAAGGACCGCGCGCAGGUCGACGCGUUCCUGAAGGAUCUCGAGUGGGAGCGCACGCCGCUGGGCGCGUAUGUCGUCUCGCAGCGGAAGUUGAGGGCCGAGAGGUUGAGGGUCUUGGAGGAGUCGAGGAAAGAGGAGGAGAGGAAGCGGAAGGAGGAGGAGAGGAAGGCGCUGGAGGAUGGAGAGGGCAGUGAGAGUGGUGACGGCCAGGAGGACGAUGCCGAGGUUGACGGGACAGUGUCGGAAGACGAUGAGGAGAGCGAAGAAGAGGAGGAGGACGAGGAUGAAGAUGAGGAGGAAGAGGAAGAGGAAGGGGAAGAUGAAGACGAAUAGAUAUCCUCUUCCUGUGGCGGUAGGGCGUAGGACUGCUGCUGCACAGCUUCUCGCGCGUGUCGGUUUCACCACGGCGUUCGCGUC